AAAUAAACAUUUUUAUUGACAGACAGAUUUAAUUUUUCUCUCAGAAUAUAUUUCAAGAAUUUAUGUGACUUCUUAUAUUUCUAUAAUCAAAUUUUCGAACAAUAUUUUUGAUCAUGGGUGAUAACGUGGAUGAACCAACUACCGUCACAGAAGCUGCUACCACUAAAAAGAAGAAAAAACCCAAGAUGAGUAAAGAAGAAAAAAAACGCCUUAGGCUUCUAGCAGCUGUGAAUCUUAAAAAACGUUUAAUGAAAGAACAACUUAUUCGAGAAUUAGAGAUGACAAAAAAGUCCAUGAAACUUGUAAAAAUUGAGUGGGAGAAAAUAUGCAGUGAUAUAAAAGUCGAAGAGUUUCGUGAAGAAAUCAAAAAAUUGAGUGCAAAAACCGAACAAAUUUUAGAAAAGAAAGAUGAAAAAAUUGAAAUGUUGAUCAAAAAUAUCGAUGAAACACAGGAAAUGCAUUUGAGGAGUUUUAGUCAGCAUCUAGACCAACUUGAGUAUUUGACAGACACCCAUCAAACACUUCGUGAAACAGCAGCAGAACUCUACAACCAUCAAGCUUCAGACUUAAUUCAAGAAUUCUUUGACGAACUUAGUAUCAUGCAAGAAGUUCCAAAGAAAAUCAAACUAAACAAUGAAAAUAUCAUACACAAUAAAAACAAUAUAUGGAAAAAAAGACUAAAGGAAAACCAUGAACUCUUUAUUGAACGAAAAUUUGAAGAAACAUCCGUUGAAAUAGAAAAUCGUUAUAUUAUUCGUGAUGGAAUUGUAAAAAAGAUGAAUCUUUUGCACAAACAAUUAUUGAAUUUUAUGAAAGAACUACAAGGCAAUUUGACAGAUGUUCGAAAAACAGAAAAUUACUUAAAUUUUAUGCAAAGACAGAGAAAUUAUGUCGUUCAAACGGACAAACUUAACGAAAUGGAACGUGUAUGUCUAAAAACAAUUGCACAAUUACGUCAGGAACUAUUGCAUAUCGAAUCAGAAUUAAAUCGAAAAAUGUGUGAAUUAAAAGCGGAGCGCGAUCAUUGUUUAAAACUUAAAUCGAAUAUCAAGGCUUCCAUUGAAAGUGACAGGAAGUUGAUAUAUGGAAAGAUGCUUAAAUCUUCCAAUGAGUGUUAUAAACUGAAAAAGAAACUUAAAGAAUUUGUUAAGCAAGGAGAACUUUUAUUAAGUUUGGCAGCUUGUUGUCGAAAAUAUCAGACAGAAAAGGAAAAAGUUAUUCCAUUUCAAGCAUCUAACGAAGACUUAGUAACAACCCAAGAACUUGAACAAGAAAGGCAGAAAAUGAAUGUGGACAUUGCCAAGCUCUUGGAUGUAUCAGAGGAGGAACUUUCCGGAAAAAUUAAUAUGUUCACAAAUUUCUGGCGUCGUUGUUCAGAUGUCAAAUUCCAUAAUCUGCUUUUGGAGAAAGAGAAACUCAAACUUACUGAAGAAAAUGAAAAAUAUCGUAAUAUCAUUCGUUCCAUGAAUAAAUCUGAAAAUGUUGAAGAUAUUUUAGAAGCUCUCAAAGUAAAACAAUUAUAAAUUCACAAGAUUUUUG